AUGACAAAUUAUCCUAAAGAAACCAUGAGUUGGAGUUGUUUAAAUACUAAAGAAAAUUUAUUCGAAUUAUUUACUGGACGCAUUGAUUUUGAUAUUAUUGAAAUAUUGUUAGAAAACAGAAAUAAUGAUUUGUUACUGGUAUAUCGUGAUCUUAUUCAAUUAACAAAGGAUCCUGAUCUUGAACCACACCUGAAUUUAUUAUCCACUGAAGAGAAAAAUCAAACAGCCGCAGCUUCUACUUCCAAUAUUCCUAAAAUUAAUUGGGAACGUUUAUCUACAACUGAAACACCUAUUAAUAAAAUACUAUAUUUAGUAUCAAAACGCUUCAAAGUUUUAGUAUUAAUGAGAGGAUGUCCAGGCAGUGGAAAAUCGUAUCAGGCAACUAAUAUUUUGAAUUCGUGCUAUAAAAAUGCUAACAUUGAUGACUUUAUUUUUAGUGCAGAUAAGUUUUUUAUAAAAAAAAAUAAUGGACAAUAUCGUUUUGAUCGUACUAAAUUAUUUGAAGCACAUGAAUGGGCAUUUCAAAAAUUCCAAACAGCUAUUAGAUUAGAAGUUACUCCAGUUAUAAUUGACAAUACAAAUUGUGAAGUUUGGGAAAUGGAAAAAUAUACUAAAGUGGCUGUAAAUAAUGGAUAUUGGAUUGAAAUUGUUGAACCCAAUACAGAAUGGGCAUGGGAUGGAAUAGAGUUGUUCAAGAAAAAUGAACAUUCAGUACCUUAUGAUAGUAUAGUUUCUUCCAUUCAUCGAUAUGAACAUAAUGUCAACGUUGAUACUCUGUUAACUCGAUUUAAAUUAAACUACAAUAAGAAAACCCAGCCGCCAAUACAAUCAAACAGUUCUAAAAUGUAUCAGCUUUGUGAAAAUCUUAUACAUCAAAGAGAUGUAGCUUAUGAAUCCCAAAUUGAGAUUGUUGACGAUUUUAAAGAACUGUGUGUUUCACUGAAACAAAAAAAAAAAAAAAAAAAAAGCAAAAAAAAAAAAUCUACUUCUGUUACCAAUAAUGAUGAAGACGACUCUUUGACUCCUACAAUUUGUAUAACACAAGAAGAAAAAGAUGAUAUUCCCGAAGGCAAUGAAUAUGAAAAGCUAUCCCAUGAUAUUCCUGAUAUGUAUGAAGAAUCUUUGUUAUCUGUGGAAGAAUCUUCGUUAUCUGUGGAAGAAUCUUCGUUAUCUGUGGAAGAAACAUUAAAUUAUGUCAAUAAAUCUAUAAACACGUCUGAAAAUGAUUUUUUGUUUAUGGAUGUCCUGAAUGAAAUACCUGAAGAAGAGUACAGUAGCUAUGUUGUUUUUGGAAGAAACAGGGAUAUUAAUGAAGGAAAUCUGAAUAUUUUGAAUAUGCCUUGUGGAAAAUUAGAUAAAGGAACAACAACUGACGACCUAAAAGAAAUGACGCCUCAACUAAAUUUAAAUAAACUUUAUGAACAAUUUCCAGAAAAUAUUUCUUCAUUAAUUAUUGAAUUAUUUGAAAAAUGUAAAGGAAAUAUUGACUGGAUUGUAGAUAUGUUGAAAGAGUCUAGACAUGAUAUAUCGAAGCAACAAUUGUGCAAUUGUAUUAAGUAUGAAGACAAUUAUUUAAUUCAAAAUGUUCAACGUCAAGACAUAAUUGAACUUGUAAAACAAAGUAAUGAACAAGAUAAUAAUUUGUUUGAUUCUCCAUUAAAUAUACAGUCAAAAGCAUUAAAUAGAAUCACUGAAGAAUCUGAUGGUAAAAAGAAAAGAAAUGGUAAAAAAGUCACUGAUAAAAAAAUACAGAGAACAUUUAAAGUUGUUGAUGAUGAUUUAAGAAAAGAUAUUGAAAAUAAAUUUACAUUUGGUGAUUCAUUGUACUCUGACCAUGUUUUAAAGAUAAAAAAAUUUAAAGAAAAUCAAAAUGCAAUAGAUAGUACUGAUUUUAUUUUUCCAACAUCCGAGAACGUCGAAGAAGACUUUAUAACUGAAAAAGAUGAUGAGAGAGACUUUGUUCAGUUAGUUAUGGAUAAAAGUGUACUUGCUCAAUUAUGUGAAUAUUUUGGCGAUUUUUCUCCUAAUUUUAAUCAAAAUACAGUACUAAUGCCAGUGAAAUUACCCGAAAAGUUGGCUGAAGAACUUUAUUAUUAUUUGAUUGCAAAUACGCCUUUAGAUGUUUGUAAUCAAGAUGGUAUUUUACAAGAUGAAACUUUGGCUAGAAGACUACAAGAAGAACCUACAGAAGAAUGUUCUUCUAGUAGUUCAAAUUCCUAUAUUGGAGAAAACACAUUUUCUGCAGUUUUAACAAAAAAAUUGCUGUUGGAGAAAUUUAAACACAUUAAUUCCGCACAUGUUCUAAAUGUUUUGCGUGCUAAAAAUUAUAAAUUUCAUGAAGCAAAUGAAUUUCUAAGUGAGUCAUCAGGAAUGAAACAUUCGUUAAACCAAGAUAAUCCAACCGUUCAAGAAAAUGAAAGAAGUUGUGUUAAUUGGGUAGGACAUAAUGCAUCCAAUAAUGAUCAAGAUUAUAAUAGAGUAGCUCAAGAAUUUUCAAUCCAGAGACAACAGCUUUUACAAAAAGCUAACCAAUCGUUAAGCAAAAAACAUCCUUCAGUCACAACGUAUUAUUUAGAGCAGGCCGACAUAGUUAAACAAAACGAAAAAGACGCUAAAACCAAAGCUCUUAUAGAAAUGGUUAAACAAAAUGAAAAUGCCACUUCCUUAGAUUUGCACAAUUUAACAGUUUCAGGUGCCAUUGUGGCACUAGAUUUAUAUUUGGAUAAUCAUAUAUCAAAUUUGAAAAAACAUAAUGGAGCAAAUAGAGGUAGACAACUAACCAUUAUUACAGGCCGUGGAAAACAUAGUCCCAAGGGUAUAGCUCGCAUCAAACCAGUUGUUAUAAAAAGACUUCAAGACAGAUGUUUAAUGUAUUUGGAACCUGAAAUACCAGGGACAGUAAUGGUUAUUAUCAAAAAGAAUUCUUCGCUCAGUUCAGAAUAUUAG